AGGGAUAGAUAAUAACCUUCUCCUUAGAUUUAAUUUUGGUUAGUCCUUUCAAAUCUUACACCAUGAACUUCAAAAAUUUGUUCGUGUUUGUUCAAGUAGCUCUUACAUAUCCAAUUUGGAUGCUCUGGUUUGAUAAUAAGGAUGGAGCUGAGCUGAUACCUCACAUUCAAAAUCAAAUGAGUUUAGAAGAGAAAGAAGUGAGCUACAACGGUGCAGAAGAAACCUCUAAUUUUGUUUCUGAACGUAUUCCCGGAGAGAUUGAAGGUGCUUCCAUUGCCCGCACUUUAGUUUCUAGAGAGUCUUUGGCUAACGUUAACACUUUCAAGACCAUAUCCCAAAGCGGCAAAAAGGUGGAUGUCCCUGUCUCAUCUGUAGAAUACUAUGCUGAUUGCGAUAAUGAUGGUGAUUUCUUUUGGCUAGUCGUUGAUAUUGGGUCCAGCUAUCAGAACAUAAUACUGGGUUCCAAAUACAGCUUUAGUAUCCGUGUCGGUGACCACCAUAUACAUGAAGAUGUGAAUCUUGAAUACCCUGGGGGUAUAGUUGAUUCUCCAGCUGGAUCUCCAAGAAUAAUCCUCCAAGGAGAAUUGCAAGAUGUUGAAGAUAAGGAUGGAAAGUAUGGACUGUUGGAGGAGUGCUUCUUAAAGAGACAUCCAGAUUCAAAGAUGUGGAUUCCUAAUAAAUCUCAGUCCCAUAAAUCCCACUGGGCUAAGUUUAUUGUUGAUGAUCUCUAUAUGGUGGGUGGUUUCGGUGACAGAGCUUUUAUCGGAACCAUUGAUACUGGGAUUUAUCAUUCAGUAACUUCGCUUGACGAUCAUUAAGACGGAUAUGAGCCCGCUCCACUCCUUCUUGCUUUUCAGUUCUUUAAUCUCUCCUUUAAUUUGAGUAACAUUACGAGUUUCAGAUUUAAAAAACCUUGGUGAUUAUAUAUGUUAUAGUGGUAUAAUAAAACGAGUACUUCUACGUUCGGAGUAGCUGAACUAGUACCCAUUUA